CACGGCUCCGCCUCCCCUCCCCUCUCCAAACCCAAAACCCUAGGACCUUUUCCAUUCCGCUGCCUCGCGGAGCCUGGCCACCAUGAGCGCCCCCAUGGAGAUCUCCUUCGACCCCCACCCUUCUCAUCCCGCCCUGCCCGCCUUCCCCUCCAGCCCACCCCUGGAGCCUGCAGCCGCCGCCACCCCUCCCGCGGCCCCGUCCUCGUCGCAGCCGACGGCGGAGGCCGUAGCUGCGCCCACCCCGCCAGACGACAAGGUCCUCGUGUCAGUUGAGGUGCUGCUGCACGCCUCGAGUACGGCUCGCGCCGAGGACGUCCGAGCAGCGGUGGAGAGGAUGUUAGAAUCUCGAAGUUUAAGCUAUGUUGAUGGUCCUGUCCAGAUACCUCCUGACAAUUCAUUUCUUGUCGAACAUGUUAAAAGGAUCCAAAUAUGUGACACUGAUGAGCUGAUUGAGAACCACAAAAUCCUGUUGUUUUGGCAAGUCAAACCUGACGUUCAUGUGUUCCGGUUGAAUGAAGAUGGUCCAGGUGAAGAACCAAGUGAAGAUGACACUCUCUCUAGCUUCGAUGAGUGGGCUCUACCUGCCAAAGAAUUUGAUGGAUUAUGGGAAAGCUUACUAUAUGAGGUGGGUCUCAAGCAGAGGUUGCUGAGAUACGCUGCUAGUGCUUUGCUAUUUACUGAAAGAGGUGUAGACCCAUGCCUUGUUUCAUGGAACAGGAUUGUACUUUUGCAUGGUCCACCUGGAACAGGAAAGACUUCAUUGUGUAAAGCACUAGCUCAGAAGCUUUCUAUUCGUUUCAAUUCAAGGUAUUCUAUGUGCCAACUAAUUGAAGUCAAUGCCCAUUCAUUGUUCAGCAAGUGGUUUUCUGAAAGUGGGAAACUGGUAGCCAAACUUUUCCAGAAGAUUCAGGAGAUGGUGGAGGAAGAAAGCAACCUGGUAUUUGUAUUGAUCGAUGAAGUUGAAAGCCUUGCUGCUGCCAGGCAGGCUGCCAUAUCUGGCUCUGAGCCUUCAGACUCCAUUAGGGUGGUAAAUGCCUUGCUAACGCAAAUGGACAAACUGAAGGCUUGGCCAAAUGUUAUCAUUUUGACAACAUCAAAUAUCACUACAGCUAUCGAUAUUGCAUUUGUUGACAGGGCAGAUAUCAAGGCAUACGUCGGCCCCCCUACUCUUCAAGCACGCUAUGAGAUUUUGAGGUCGUGCAUAGAUGAACUCUUCCGAGUAGGAAUUCUUAAAUAUCCUCAGGGUGGUGAUUUGCCUUGUAUUCUGAGUUAUUCAACCCUGAAGGAGAAGUUGCACUGUCCUGAGGCUACAGAACCCCAUACACUUCAUCUCUCCAAACUACUGCAUGAAGGUGCAGAACUGUGUGACGGAUUGAGCGGAAGAUCAUUGAGAAAACUCCCUUUCCUGGCCCACGCUUCCGUUCCCAACCCUUCAUGCUGUGAUGCUACUUCUUUCAUGCACACGCUGAUACAGACCGCGCGGAGGGAGCUCUUGGAAUCACGCGGCUGAUUCCUCGUGGAUUGCUUGGAAGAGCAAGGGGCUAACAGUUCGAUACAAGUACCAUGUUGCCGAUAUGAUGCAUAGUUUGAGCUCGAAGACUGGUGUUCUGAGAUAAAAGCAAAUCCAUUCCAUCUCUGAGAUAUAGGUGCCGUUGCUGUUGCAUUACUGUUGGUUCGCUUCUAAAUUGUUACGGUAGGAUGCACCUCACCUUGAGGGCAGCUGUGACUUUUUUUGCGGUGAAGUUAAUGCAAUACAUUGGUCACUUGAUCAGAUCCUUUUCUGGUAAUUGGAACUUGAAA